AUGGUUGCCCGCGUGCUUGCAUUACAUGGCUUUGGGACCAAUGCAGAGUUGUUUGGACAAAAGCUAAAAGCACUGCUACGAAAGCUGAAAUCCAUUGCAUCCGUCGUUGUGAUUGAUGCCCCCUUCGUACUGCCGUAUGACGAGUCUUUGCGAGGAUGGUGGCUAUACAACCAGGAGCUUUGGGACGGCACUGCGGAGACAAUUCAAUCACUGGCUGAUGUACUCUUGCAAAGGGCCACUUUUGAGCCAGUGGGUCUUGAUGAAAGUUUGGCCUUCGUGAUGGAGGAAUGGUCCAAAGGCUAUGAUGCAGUGCUGGGAUUCUCCCAGGGCGCGGUUGUCGCAGCAGCUCUUUGUGCGAAACUGCAGCGGAACGGUUGCCCACCACGCUUUGCUAUCCUGAUUUCAGGAUUUGGAAAGCCCAUACCGCAAGGUCUGCAAGGUGCCUUUGAAGAGCCAAUUGCCGUGCCAAGCCUGCACAUUUGGGGAGAAGCUGAUGCACACAUGCCCCCUUGGACCAGUCAACUCCUGGCUGAUCGUUUUCACGAGCCGCGCGUUCAUGUUCACCCAGGAGGUCACUUUGUUCCCCAAAAGGCCGCAGAUCUGAACUUCAUUGCUGCCUUUCUCCAAGAGAUGCAGCCAGCCAUGGCUGUCGGCGCACCGAGCGAGCGCGGCGACCGAGUCGCCUCCGCGGACGCCGAGGAGGCUUCGGCGGCGGCGGCUCGCUCCGUGGGAGGAUUCGAGGAACUUCGCCAAGCGUUGCGGCGGUACCUCGCUCCAUCGGUGGCUCUGAACAUGGACGGAAACGGAAAGACAGAGAGGUGGACUGGCUACGAAGCAGCCGAACUGGAAGCACCAGGACCUGGAACUUAUGAGAGGUUGCUCGCUUUGCUGAAAGGUAUGGAGUUUCUCUCCAUGCAGCAUGGGCCCUGCCGCACCUCCGAGGAUGCCGUGCAGGUGAGACUCGCUGGUGGCUGGAAGGAUGUCACACUGCAUAGUGGCGCCAAGGCAAUGCUGCUGAGGACACCGAAGAGCGAAUGGCUUUUAUCAGUGCUCCCAGCUGAUUGCAAGUUGAGCUGGAAGAAGCUUCGUGCUAUCUACGGCAAGGGCACACGGAUCGCAACCGAGGAAGAGGUGAUCGAAGUCACAGGCUGUUUGCCCGGAGCUGUUCCACCCAUCGCGGCUUUCCCAAAAGAGGUGAUGGUUGUGGCAGAUGCGACUUUGCCUGAAGUGCUUCAGCUGCAGGGACCCCCUUCUGGCCCCUUCUCGUUUGAAAGUGUUGUAUUUGCUUCUGCGUGUGUGCAUUCAAUGUCUUGA